CCGGUGCGCAGCAGGAAAGGGAACCUAAAAGUGGACCUUGUGGUCUGCCGUCAAAGUGUCUUGUUCAAUAGUAAGAAGGUAGAGACAUAAUAUUGACCUUCAUGAAUCCUGAAGUCUAUCGCGUUCAACAUGCCGCUCACAAACACCACUUUCUCCCUACAUCCAAACGGAGAUCGGGGAUCAAUUCUCUUCCAAGUGUGAAUGCGACAGGCAAGAAGUAACAAUUUCGGAGGUAAGAAUCGUCAAUCACAUGUGCUAGUGAAGUUGCGAAGACGGAUGCACUAGCCACAAGCACAAGCGCCACGCCAAUCUUCAGAUGGUUUCAGCUGCCAGACGACCGCGCACGUUUCAGUGGGCAGCAAUGACGUCGCUUGGCCAUCCAGAACAACAGCAACGCUGAAAAUCUACUGCGAUGCAGGAAUAGCUAUAUCUCUAUUUCAGUCAUCCUCCGCUAAUAUGAGAACUCUCCGAUUGCUGCUUUCCGCGCUUCUAGCGUCCGUCACAGGCGCUUCCCGAGCUCCCUUCCAGCAGGUCCUGGAUGCCACAUCCGGCAAGGAUACACCGAUGCGUGGAGGAGACGACAUAGGCGUAGGCCACUUCUCAGAGUGGUCACGCGCAACGAAGAAGCAAUUCUUUGUCGACUGGCAAGCAGGAAGGCAGUCGGAAUGGGUGUUCGUGAUGGGCAACGAGGCAGGCGACCUCGACUCCAUGGCCUCCGCCCUCACGUGGGCAUACCACCUUGAGCAUUCGACGCAAAACACGUCAAACCCCACGAAAGCAAUUGCCCUGCUCCAGACGCAGACAGAUGCCCUAGAUCUCCGGCCCGAGAAUAAGUUGGCGCUGAAAAAUAGCAAGAUGACCUCUGGCCACGACGACCUCCUCACCAUGGACGAGCUCCCCGAGGACCCCGAGACGCUCGCCCUCAAGCUCCGUGGCAUCGUCCUCGUCGACCACGCCUCCCCCCUACGUAAAUGGGAAACCGCAAAGAUUAUCAGCAUCUUCGACCACCAUGUCGACAAGGGCACUGCACCCGACGCCUCCCCCCGCAUCUUCGAAAAAGUCGCCUCCUGCACCUCCCUCGUCGCGCGCCAGAUGUUCGACGAGUUCUACAAGCUCCCAGAGGAAUACCACCUCCCGCACGAGCUCCUCGAGCUUAUACUCUCUGCCAUCUCCAUCGACUCGGGCGGUCUGAAGGACGCCACAGAAACCGACCUCCACGCCGCAAAACGCGUUUUCGAGCGCAGCCAAUGGGCGGACCGCGACCUCCACGAGCAGAUGGAAGCCGUCGACGAGUGGCUCUCCGACGCCAAAAAGGACCUCGACGACCUCUCAGUCCGCGACCUCCUCCGCCGCGACUGGAAAGGCGACCUCGUCGACACGCCCUCCCCGCGCACGCCCACAGUCUCCCUCGGUUUCGCGUCCAUCCCCUACUCCCUCGACGAGCAGAUCGAAAAGACAGGCUUCGGCGAGCUCUUCCACUGGUUUGCCGUCCACGCCGCCUGGACCGCCUCCAUCAACACCGACAUCGACAUUUGCCUCAACAAGUACAAAGUCAAGACCAAGGAUGGCAAGAAGAAGAAGAUCCGCGAGAUCGUGCUGACCGUGCGCGACGACGUGCGCAUCGACAAGGUGCAGGCGGAUAACCUGUUCAAGGCGGUGACGGAGGCGCUGGAGGGGGAGAAGAGUUUGGGGCUGGAGAGGUGGCAUCGCGCAGGGGAGUUGGGGGGGAGGCAGAUGGUGUGGACGCAUGAGUCGGGGGCGGGGAGGAAGGUGAUUAGGCCGAUUGUGGAAGAGGCGGUUAGGAAGUGGGAUAUGUAGGGCUGUUGGGGAUAUUUUGGUGCAGGAUCGGACGGCAUGCGGGAUGCGUGGCAAAUUGUAGAUAUAGUGUAGGAAUUGAAUGUGGUGGGAAGGCUGAUGUGCAUCAGAU